AUUCGUGCCAAUUAAUUCUCUCAACUCCCUAGCUACUUCCUGGCUUGGUUAUAAAUAUUGGUGUGUGCUACCUGCAGGCCAUCGGGUGCAUCAUAUCAUUUCUUUCCCUUAGUCAUAAGUUCAUUCAUCGAUCAUAUUCAUCUCGGAUGAAGAGACUUCUCGUCAAUCUACUAUUUUUAUUGAUUGCGUCAGUAGGAAGCCAUGCAGCUCGUGCUCCGGAGCAAUACUGGAAGUCUGCUCUUCCCAACACACCCAUGCCAAGCUCCCUCUCCCAACUUCUCAAUACUCCAGCCGGCGGCACGACCGUGAACGUCGGCUCGGGCGGCGUCCAUGUCGACGCGGGGCAUGGCAAGCCUGGGGGCACGACGGUUGACGUAGGAAAGGGUGGUGUCGGCGUCAACGUUAACCCUGGCAGCGGCAAGCCUGGUGGCACCACUGUCGGCGUCGGGAAGGGCGGAGUUGGCGUGAACGUCAAGCCUGGCUACGGCAAGCCCGGUGGCACCACGGUCGGUGUCGGGAAGGGCGGCGUCGGCGUUAACGUCAAUCCUGGCUACGGUAAGCCUGGUGGCACCACAGUCGGCGUCGGGAAGGGUGGGGUCGGCGUCAACGUCAAGCCUGGCUACGGCAAGCCGGGUGGUACCACCGUUGGCGUUGGCAAAGGCGGCGUGGGCGUCGGCGUCAAUCCUGGCUACGGUAAGCCGGGAGGCACCACGGUCGGCGUUGGGAAGGGCGGGGUUGGCGUCCAUGUGAACCCGGGCAAGAAGCCCGUCACCGUCCCCGUCGGUCCUUUCCAAUACUCGUAUGCCGCAACGGAGACGCAGCUGCACGACGACCCCAACGUGGCGCUCUUCUUCCAGGAGGAGGACCUCCACCCCGGCAAGAAGAUGACCCUCCAGUUCACCAACACCACGGCCGGUGCCAAGUUCCUCCCGCGCAUUGAGGCCGAGGUCAUCCCGUUCUCCUCCAAGAAGGUCCCCGAGAUCCUCAGCCGCUUCUCGGUGAAUCCAGACUCCGUCGAGGCGGCCGAGAUGACGCAGACGCUGCACGACUGCGAGGCGCCCGCGGCCAAGGGCGAGAGGAAGGCCUGCGCCACGUCGCUCGAGUCCAUGGUCGACUUCGCCACGUCCAGCCUCGGGACCAGCCACGUCAGGGCCGUCUCGACCAUCGUCGCGAGGGAGGGCUCGCCGAGGCAAGAGUACACCAUGACUGGCGUGAAGCGCGCGGCGGGCAUUGACGACCUGCUUGUCGCCUGCCACGCGGAGCCGUACGCGUACGCCGUGUUCGCGUGCCACCUGACGAGGGCGACGAGGGCGUACUCGGUGUCGAUGUUCGGCAGGGACGGCACGGCCGUGGAGGCAGUCGCGGUGUGCCACGCCGACACGUCCGGGUGGAACCCGAUGCACCUCGCGUUCCAGGUGCUCAAGGUGAAGCCCGGCACGGUGCCGAUCUGCCACUUCCUGCCGCAGGACCACGUCGUCUGGACCCACAGCGGCUGAGGCUGGCUGGCUGGCCGCCGUUUGCUCGCGCCGCUAUGCACGUUUUCGCUGCUUGAUGAUCUCAUUGAUGUCCUAGUAGCCUCUAUGCAGAUACAGUCAUGUGGUAUCAUACGUCUUUCCUUAUGUUUUUAGUACUUGUUACUUGUAUUUUGAUACUGUUGCCUGCCAGUAUCCAUCGCCUGUUAGGUCCUACCGAGUGGGUUGUUUGUUGUAUAGUGCUACUGAAUAAACAGACGUCUAUUAUCAUUA